ACACUAUCAUCAAUUAUUUCAUCGAUCUCUUUUGUAUUUAUACUCCAAUUGUGGAAGAAAAGAAGUCGACUUGGAACUGCAAGCACGAAACAUACAAACAUAUGGCUUAGGGAAAAUGGAUGGUCAGUGGGAUGUUGUCGUCUCUUCAUUGCAAGACAUAUUCAAUGCCAAUGAGGAGAUACCAUUUGACGAAAAGAGAGAUAUACAACAAUCGAUAGAAUCUCUGGAUGGACAGAAACUUGAGGAUGCGCUCGAAAGAGUGACUUCGCAUAAAGAUAAUGUGGAUAAGAGUCGAAGAGUACUUAUGGAGACUCUGAACACUCUACAAGCACUAAUAACACACGAGACAGAGAAGAAGGCAGAAGCCAAGCAGAAAAGAGGUAGGAGUUUCUGGACAAGUCCAUAUAAUGUCAGUGAUACUAUAUAUAUCUAUUCUGAGGUUGCCUUUAAGCUGCGUCAAAGAGGUUCAGAUGAUGAAUGGAUUCAAUGUGAGGUUACAAAGAUAGUCGGUGAUGGUACGAAGUUCGAAGUUCGUGAUCCAGAGCCUGAUGAAAACAACAAUCCCGGGAAGACGUUUAAGGCAACUUGGAAGGACAUAAUACAGAUACCUACGGUUGAUGAAGUUGUGGACUUGGAACCUUAUCCUUAUGGGACGCGUGUCUUAGCCAGGUACCCAGAGACUACAACAUUUUAUCCAGCAGAGGUUAUUGGGACGAGAAGGGAUGGCCGUUGUAGGUUAAAGUUUGAAGGUGAAGAAGAAGAAGGUAAAGAGACCGAAGUUGACAGAAGACUGGUUCUUCCAUACCCUGUAAGAUGAAUAAUUUUUAUAACGUUUUGAGCAAAAAUUACACAAUUUUUAAUAUGCUGUUAUGUAUUGAUCCAUUGGAGUGAUUAAAGAGAUGUAUAAUUGGGC